GGUUAGCCAUGUUAGGUGAGGGGGGGACUCCGCCAGGGGUGCAGGGGUGCCAGCUCCAAGAUGCAGACGCUGGGGCCUGAGUGCAGGAGUGGGCCGCCCCCAGGCCCGGGCAGGGACAUCCUCAGCCCCUCCCCAGACUGUUUUCAGCCAAGGGUGUUGUGUCAACAGCCACGGUGUCCAGGCUGUUUGUGUGGGGACAAGGUAGCCAGUGUGGGUUAAACACCUCAGGGGGCAGGGGCAGAGGAGAAGCCCAGCGUUCAGCCUUGCUCCCAGGAGACCUUCCUCCCUUUUCUGCAUUGCCCAGGGACUCUCUAGGCCCUUCAGCUGCUCAUUCUUGGGAUUCUCCGGGUCUUUCCACCCAGUGACCUUUAACAGCAGAACAGCAAGGAGAGGUGGGGACUGUGUUAGCGGUUUAUUUACUUUGAAGACUUCUCUAGAAAUAUUUCUAGCGGCUGCUGUUCGCCCAGCCGGGCAUGGCCUCCCCACCUUCGCCAGGCUCAGACCCCGUCCUGUCCUGGGUCUGUGUUCCCCUUCUCCCUGCCCCUUUCCUCCUCCUCUCGCCGGGGUCUCCUAGAGACCACCGUCCCUGGGGCUCUUCGCCUUCUGUCCCCUUCUCUCAGUAUUUUUCUUUAUCGCACUUGAUCACCUCUCUGUCCCUUGUCCCUCUCUGUUUCCCAUUUCCUCUCUGUAGAACCAGUUAGGGGAGGAAGCUGGUCUGGUAUGGAGGAGGAGGAGGACCCUUUUCUUACUUGUUCCCCGGCCACCCCAACUCCCUUUCCUAACCAAGAGCACUGAGGCUUGGAGGCGAGACGGAAAGGGCCCUUCAGUCACUCUCUUGCUGUUUGCUUCCCAAGGAUCUCCUUACUGCUCGGUGCCCCGGGCCCAGGCCCUCCCUGCGGUCCCCCUCCGUGCGCCCCAGGGCACUCUGUCCAACGUGGACUCCCGCCAGCUCACUGGCCAGGGCAGAAUGACCAAUCAGAGAAGUGACACUGGGUCAGCCUCCAACUCCAGGACAGAAAACCCGAGUUCCCUGGGCACAGGCCAAGACGAGGACCGCAGCUGUCCUGGCAUGGAGUAGCCACUGUGCCGCCUCCCUGGGGCCUCCUGUAUCCAGGCGAGCAGCAAAGAAUGGAAAAAUCCCUGGCCUGCUAGAAGAUGUCUGAAUGACUGGGCCAUGUUCCUCUGACCUCGCCCCCAGCCCGCCCUUGCACGGCCCUGUCUGUGGUCACAUGUCCGAACCCCACUGCAGGCAAACCGGGGAACCCCAGGCACACUGUGGAGCUUGCCCAGGCUCCCCCUGGGCUUCUGACCAGGCGGCCGAUGCUGUGGCCGUGCUCUGCAGACUAAGAGUCCUGUGGCUUGGCCCCAGCCUUCGGGAAGUCACCUGCCUGCCCCCGUGGGUGAGAUCGAAGGAGACAGUCCCAAGGACCACUGUGAAGAACGCCAUUCCCCCCACGUUGGGGUCUGGGAGCCAUGCGGGGGGAAGGCUGAAGGAAGGAGAUGGGGGCGCUCCCUGCGUCCCCCUACACAGAGUGGGGAGAACUCCGGAGUGGGGAGGGAGGGGCUGAUGGGAACAGCCCAGCCUGAGUUCCCCAGCCUCCUCCCUCUAGGUUCUUGUCACUGUAAUGAGAUUCUUCCAUAGGGAUUUAAGAAUGUGGCGAUUCCAUCCCACGGCUACCCUGCACCCCAAGGAGGGAGGCCGAGAGAGACCCCUGGGCUUGGGAGAUGUUCUCACCCAGCAGAGCUGAGGUUCUGCCAUUUCCUGUCCCUGGGGAGCAGCUGGCGUUACCAGGGCAACAGGCUAAAAUAAAUCUUGUCUGGGUAGGGCCAAGGGCAGUGUUGCUAGGGCAACUGAUUAGGCCAAUUGUUCGGCUCCAGGCUUUUCCUGGUACCCAGCGUGGCUAAAUCACCUGGCACUGCCUGCCCAGAACGCAGGUACUCAGAUCCCUGCUCCCUCCCGCUCCAUCUGUGCCCAGCACUUCUGGGUUCAGUGACACAAGGUGGCCUGGAGCUGGUCCUUGAGGCAGCCAUGAUUGCACAAGGACUGGGGUGCUGCACGGUGGCCUGGCUGAUGGGGAGCGGGGAGGAGGAGGGAUGAAGAAGGCGCCUGUGGGUAGCUUCAAAGCACAGCCCAUCGAAGGACCUGUGGAUGUCCUGUUCCUCCCAGCAGCACCAAGCCUGGGAAGGGGAGGGGCCUCCAGAUCUCUUUUUUGCUUGCUGCUUUGCACACCGUAAGUCUGUGAAGACCACACUGGAGGCAUUGGCCUUGAACAUACUUCUGUCUGGGUGGCCACUUCUAGGUCUGUCGCAUACCUGCUUCUCCCUGGCCGAUGCCCACCAAAGGCGGUGACUGCCACCAGCCCCAGUGCACGCAUGAGCUGACAGCACCUCCCCUGCCCCUUGGGAAGCUAUGGCGGACCCGGAUGCACCUGGUGGAGGCUCCGGGCACCCCCUGCCUACCAGCCAGCCGCCCACCCUCACCAUGCUGGUUGGUGCUAUGCACCUCACUCUCAACGGGACCCUUGAAAAGAUGGUCAAGGAUCCUAGCUUGCUCGCACGCUGCACUAUGGCUUCCCCAGUGUUCCAGAAGAGUCCCUCACAGGCCUGGGAAAUGGAGAAGUGUCAGUGGGACGGCCUGCCCUCCCAGCUCAGACUGUCAUGGCCUCUGGACUAGCCUGAGACAGCGCAGGCCUCCCUUGCCUCCUUAUUCUUGUUCUAUCCCCUCCUCCCCAUAUGCCGUCUUCAACAGGGGCCUCGGCUGCGCACUUCCCCCUCCUCUACCCUCCCCGCAGCCCCCGCUUUAGCUCUUACUUGCCACAGAGCAAUAUAGGAGGUCCUCUAAGGCUCCCACCCAAGCAUCAGCUCCUGGGGUGUCUUGCAGAGUGGGCAGUGACUAGAGACAUCACCCCUCCACACACACACCCCUGCAGGAGUCUGUGGUCCUUGGAAGGAUCAGAAGAGGGGUGGUGUAAAAUGUCUGAAUCUCAAACCUAUCUCAAAAUCUUAGGACGGAAGAGGCAGAGAGUAUCUCCACCACAGAGUCUGCACCUCUGGUCAGAGCCUUUAGCUGGCCCAUGGUGGCAUUUGGGGACAGCGGUGCUGAGAAGGGGCUGAGGGCAGUGAGAGGUUUCUUCCCAGGUUCUCCUUCAGUGGCCCCUUGGCUGGAACUCUGGGGGUGUGGUCUAUGCACAGGGACCCAUCUAAAAGCUCACUUAUCUGAAGAUCCCUCCUGUCCCCCUAAACGCGGAGAGAACCUGAAACUCCAGCUCUUCUGAAAUCAGCACAGCCCAGUGCUUGGUGGCCCUGAGAGCUAGGCUGGCUUGGGAAAAAGAGCAUGGGACCAUUGUUGGGGGGAACGCAGGUGCUGGACGCCUAGAGUGGGAAGUGGCGGGAACAGAAGGUGGCACCGCCUGUCAGGGCCGUCCCCAAAUCGGCAGGACUGCGGAUCGCUUCCCGACGCAGUUCCACUCACACUGGCCUCACUUGGCCGCUCCCUUAGCAGUCAGCUCAGAUCCGAGGAGACGCCCACGCACUCCCCGCCUCCGCAAUCCCAGCCCAAGGGUGCUUGGGGUGGGGUGGAGGCCCGGUCCCCUAGACUUCCCCAAUCGGACUUCACUCCCACUGCCCGACGUCCAGCGCCGGGGGCGCGCGAGGGUUAACCCCGCGGGGGUGGGGACUCUGGAGCGGUCUGCAGAGGGAGGGAGGGAACGGGCAGGAGGCGUUUGGAGGCGUGGGGAGCCGGCCAGGGUCGAGCCUCCGAGGAGGCCGCUGGAACCUCGCUGCAGCCAGUGCCGCAUACGCCGCGCGCAGCGAGGGGACACCGCAGACCCCCUGCCCCAAACUUCAAGUCCGGAGCAGGGGCGAGACGCUGGGCAUCAAGACGGGUGGCAGCCUGUCAGGACGCUGCCCCCUUCCCCGGAGACCGCCACCUCCACCCCGCCUCUGCUGAGUCUCAGCCCCGAUUGCCUUUGGCCGGGGAUGAAGCCCGGAGGCGGUGGCCCCACGGCGGCCCCGGACUCCGAGCCGGCGGACAGGCCGCUGGUUCUGCCGCGGCCCUGGGCCUGUCCCGCUGACGUACGGCUCUGCGGCCACCUGCGGAAGCAGAAGUCGCAGCGCCGCCGCUUCUUCGUGCUCCGCGCCGACCCGCCGCGCCUCGAGUGCUACGAGAGCGAGAAGAAGUUCCGCGCGGGCCGAGCGCCGCCCAAGCUCAGCGUGAGCCUGGCGGGCGCGUGCACCAUCAGCAAGCGCGUGGACGCGCGCCAGCGCCACCUGAUCGUCCUCUACACGCGCGACCGCAGCCUGGGCGUGGCGGCGGCCUGCGAGGCGGAGCAGCAGGCGUGGUACAGCGCCCUGCUGGAGGCGCGCGCGGCCGCGGGUCCCAGCCUCCACGAGGACCCCGGCGCCUGGAUUCUCGCUCCGUUUCAGGACGUCUGGCCCGUGACGCUGCGGCCCAAGGGACUGGGGCGAACACAAGGCCUGGGCAGCGGCCGCUACCGCCUGUGCCUGGGUUCGGGGGUGCUGAGCCUGCUGCGGAAGCCCAAGGGCAGAGGCUCUGGGGACACCCAGGCUUCGCCUCCGCCGCCCGCCCUUCGCCUGUCCCUGCUCAGCGUGCGCCGCUGCGGCCACGCAGACUCCUUCUUCUUCUUGGAGCUCGGCCGCUCGGCGCCCACGGGUCCCGGGGAGCUGUGGCUACAGGCGCCCGACGCCCUGGUGGCCCAAAGCAUUCACGAGACUGUACUGGCCGCCAUGAAGCGACUCGGGGAGGGCGGUGCCACUGGCAGGGCUGAGCCACUGCCAAGGGAUCCCCCGACCGGCGCUUACAGACCCUCUGCCUCCCAAUCUUCUACGACCCUGGCCUCGAUAGCCCAGUCAAGCGGCGGGAGCCCUCGCGGGGGCAUCGGGGAGAGAAACAGGAAAACCCUCCAGAUGCUGGCAAAGGCAGCCUCGCACCCCAAGGACUUGGAGCUGGGAGGGGGCUACGUAGCCAUGGGAGCGGGGAGCAACUAUGAGCCCAUGGGGGGUGGCGAAGCGGGUGGCUACAUGGUGAUGGCACCCCCUGGCCCUGCGGCCUCUGUCCACACAACCCCCCACGACCAGCUCCAAGUUUGCCAGGGCACCGAAUACGUUCCCAUGAGCCGCUUUCUGCCAGGGUCCUUGUUCUCCAGCUCCCUGCCCGGCUCCUAUGAGCUCGGAGCUGGGGAGUCUGGACCUUCCUUUCAAGGACCCCGUCGCAGCAUGGGGGAAUGUUGGGGACCAGCAGGGGCGCAUCCCUCCUUGCAGCCGCCCUCAGAGCUAGCAGGGGAGUACGUGUGCAUCAAGUACGUGGCCCCUGACUACUUAGGAAUGGGCACUGCCACACAAGAACCCCCCAACGGCCGCCUCAAUUACGCUGACCUGGACCUGAUCCCUUCACUGGAGGUUCGAGGCGACAGCAGGAACCCACAACACAGCUAUGCCCGCAUCGAGUUCCAGAACCUCAGGGAGGCUCCGGUGAGACGUGGGCAGCUCCGCCCUGUCUAGCUGAGGGAUGGAUGGGGAGGAAGAGAGAGAACAGGGCCAAGUUAUGAAUGCCUUCCUGCCUGCUCCCCUCAGCCCCUCAAACUGUUCCCAAAACAGAGGGGCUCUCAGGCCCCCUAGGACCUGCUCUCAGGUCAGCCCUGGCCCCCAACCCUGCCCCCAAUGACUGGUCCCACAAGGACCUGCUCCUCCCCACCCCGCACCUGCAGGGCCUGCCUAGUAUCUCCUCGAAGCCAAAGAACUAGUCCCGGCCCCAGGGUCCCAGAGCAAGAGGCUGAAGCACCAGGUAUCUUGUCUCUACUGCUUCCUGAAAGUGUUGUGCCACUCCCUUCCUCCCUAAUUUCCCUCUUCCAGUGACAACACAAUCACAAUACAACUCAAGUGUUCGCACAAUCCUCCCUUCUCUGGAGCCGGGUGGACCUGAGAGCCUUCUUGCUUCCAUAUCCUUGUCUUCUGUAUACUGUACUGUGGACCCCCCACACCCUAUGCCCUAUACCCUAUUAAAGUGAUCCUGCUUGGUCAGCCUC